AUGAUUACAAUUGAUGAUUUUAAAGAAAUUAAAAAUAAAUUUGAAAUUAAUCAAUUAGUUUAUAAUAGAAUUGAAGUUAAUUUUGAAAAUUAUUGUGGUUUAAAUGAUGAUUAUACUAUGUUCAAAAUAAGUGAAUAUGUAUCAAAUGAAAAUUCAGAAACCAUAUCAAAUUUAUUUAAAAUAUUAGAAUUAAAUUCUGAUUUUUGGUUGAAUGAUGGUUAUAUUCCAAAUUUUGAAGAUGAAGGUAAUAAGAAAUGCACUGAAAUAUAUUUUAAUAAUUUAUUAAUUGGUGGUUAUAAUAAAAAUGUAGGUAAAGAUGGAGAAACAGUAAAGGUAUUCAAAAUUUUCAAAGGUAAAAAUUUAAUUUAUGAUGGACCUAGUGCAAUUUUUGAUUUUUUAACAAGUGUCAACUAUUCAGCUUAUUUGACCCAGAUCGAUUAA